CGAAAAAGGAGCGCUAACGUUUUCACUGGAGGGCAAAGUUGGAAAUGUAGAAUCAAACCUGCAUUUACAAUUUACAUGCCUUUAACCUUACGAUGCCUUUUUGCAGCUGCUUCAGAGAGAUAUAUCUUUUCCACCGGCUCGCCCACCCGCCUCUGCCGCCGUGGAACACAGUUCAUCAUCAUCACCGUCGCCGUCGUCCCCCCUUAUUUCAAAGGCCGAUACUCCCUUCAGCUGAUCAUCGCUCCGGUUGAUUUUUUUUAUUAGUGAUAUAAAAGCUGAAUUGAAAGCGCCAAAUGGGUUGCACUGUGAGAGAUAAACACAUCAGAACAAAUCGACGGGCCCGAUCGGUGAAGCCCGAGCCCGAUAAUCAGGGCAGUAACGGCGCCGCGACUAAUGGUAACAACGCGGUUGCUAAUAUGGUUAUGUGUAAAUCCAUAGUGGAUUCUGGAUUUAGGCCGUUGAGUUAUCAAAUGGGUGGUCAUGAUUCGGCCCAGAAUCCGAACUCUGCUACUGCCCCGACUGCAGGUACUCCGAAUUCUGCCUAUGAUGAUAGUGGGUGGGGUUACUGUACUGAGGAACAGCUGGAGGAAAUCUUGUUGAAGAAUUUGGAUUUUUUGUACUCUAAGGCCGUUCGGAAGCUUGUGGAGUUGGGUUAUGAUGAGGAAGUGGCUCUAAAGGCGAUAUUAAAGAAUGGUCAUUGUUAUGGUGGAAUGGAUGUCUUGACUAAUAUUAUGCAUAAUUCCUUGGGCUAUUUGAAUAACGGGUGUUGUGAGAACAGUGGAAAUUCAGAGGAUUCUGAGCCUCCCUUUGCGGAUUUAAAGCAAUUAGAGGAGUAUUCUCUUGCUGGUCUGGUGGUCAUAUUGCAACAAAUCAAGCCACAUUUGAGUAGAGGUGAUGCAAUGUGGUGCUUGCUUAUGAGUGAUCUUCAUGUCGGCCGCGCUAGUGUGAUGGAAAUACCGGUGCUUCCUUCGCCUAAUGGAACUGGGGCUGCCUCUGCUACCGCUUCAGUGAGUAGUGGAAAUGUGGAGGCUGUUGUUAACGGUCCAGUCGGGGUUGCCCCAGCCUUGUGUAGGUUUCAUAGUGGCUGGGGUUUUGGAAAUGGAGGGACUUCUGAGUUUCCUGUGAAUGGCCUGUUCUCCUAUGCAUCAGAAAUUAGUUUGCAAAAGGAGAUUGACUGUCCAAAAAGGUUUAACCUAACCCCUUCCAUGAAGAGCUUAUUGAAAAGGAAUGUAGCUUUCUUUGCUGCAGGAUUCAGGGCAAACGCUAGACACCUUCAGAGUCAGUUGCAGACUGUUCAAAGCUCUGUGCCUAAUGGAGAUUCCUCCUCAAGUGAAAGUGCAACUGCAACCAAGGUUGAAAGUGUUCCAGUACGGCAAACUGAGGAACCCCAAAAUGUCAAGAACCAGGACGUUGUAAAUUCAGUGUUGAAUAAAUUUAAAGAUUUGAAUCUCGAUGAGAACAGUGAGAAGGCUUCUUUAGAUCAGAAAGAUGAAACGAUUUUAAGUUUGAUCCAUCAGAUUAAGGACCUCGAACGACAGGUAAAAGAGAGGAAAGAGUGGGCUCACCAGAAGGCGAUGCAAGCUGCUAGGAAGCUCAGCCAUGAUUUGACUGAGCUAAAGAUGUUGAAGAUGGAAAGAGAAGAGACACAGCGGCUGAAGAAGGGUAAACAGAAUCUGGAAGACUCUACCAUGAAGAGGCUAACAGAAAUGGAGAACUCUUUGAGGAAAGCAAGUGGUCAAGUGGAUCGAGCAAAUGCUGCUGUGAGAAAGCUUGAAACAGAGAAUGCUGAGAUUAGAGCAGAAAUGGAGGCUUCUAAGUUAAGUGCUUCAGAAUCAGUUACCAGUUGUCUAGAGGCUGCAAAAAGGGAGAAAAAGUACUUGAGGCGCCUGUUGGCUUGGGAAAAACAGAAAGCUAAGCUUCAGGAGGAUAUUGCAGCAGACAAACAGAAGAUUUCAGAUAUUAAACAACAAAUAGCUGAGGUUGAGGCUGCUCAAAAGGAAGCUGAGGUGAGUCAUCUUUAUCGGUUAAUUGAACUAAACAUGCAACAGGUCGCCCCAAACAAAACAUUAUUCAUGAUUUAGUACGAUUGUUAAGUACUUUCUUAAACGCAGUUUUGUAGCACAUAAUAAACUAAUAGCUUCAAAAGGUUUUGCUGCAAGUUUGCAAACCAUGUGUUCCUGAAUCCUAGCUUUCACGCAACCUGAUCUUCUUCUUCUUUUUCUGGUUCUAGUUCUAUGGAGUAGAUGUUGCUUGUUAGAAUAGUUUUUUUUUUUUUUUUGGUAACUCCGGGAACCCCACCAGAGAUGGGUAAACCCACGCCCACUGCAAUAUAGCCUGCAAACCACAGUGGGAGGUAAACCACCCUAGGCAAGCUUGGGGUGCCAAGUUCGGGUGCAACAUCGGGGGUUCACAUGUGAUUGCACUCGCUAGUGCUUGGUUGAGCUCAUCUAUGCUGAGAACUUUGAUAGAGGCUUUAUCUCAUGGUUAAACAACUUGCAUGCUUCAGUUUUAGCCAGAUGCUUUUCCACAUGGCUUGAUUUGAUGCUGUUUUUAGGUGUGUGGUCUAUAGCUUCCUGCCAACUUUGCAUUUUGUAUGACAUAUGCACUUUAUGUUGCUUAGUGAUGCAUGUGUAACUUUGCAGUCUUUAAAAUCCUGUGUUUAUACCUGCCUAGAUGUCCCUUUCUGUUUCGAGGAACUCUAUAUCCCCAGAAAGCAGAAAUUUGAGUAAUAACUUUUCGGGUACUAUAUACAGCUAGCAGAACUAUAGUUUGAUGCUUGUUUGAUGGUUAUUAUCUCUUCCUCUUCGGAAAGAUUUGUUAUGCAGAAUAGGAUUCUCUUCCAUGCUUCAUCUCUAUGCCUUUCUUGGCAAUCUCAAGGAUCCCAAGUUCCUUAAAUUGCCUCAGGCCGGGAUUUUUAUUUUUGACCGUUCAUGUGUCAGACAUUAUAAAAUCUUCGUGAAAGUAUAGCUCUACUUGUCUUGAACAGGCAAAAUGGAGGCAAGAACAAAAGGAUAAAGAACUGGCUCUGGCACAAGUAGAGGAGGAACGGCGGCUUAAAGAAGCUACCGAGGCUAAUAGCAAAAGAAGGCUUGAAGCGCUGCGACUGAAAUCAGAAAUAGAUUUCCAGCGUCAUAGGGAUGAUCUUCAAAGGUUAGAGCAGGAACUUGUGCGCCUUAAAGCAGCACAAAAGAAUGAGCAGCAUCAAUCUGACAAUACACUGACUGGGAAGUCCGACACAACGAAGCCGCAAGGAGAAAGCAUCGUCAGACUGUUUCAUGAAUUUGAUAAACUGGAUGAUUCAGUGGAGAAGGAAGCCAGUUAUAAUAGGGAGUGCAUUAUUUGCCUAAAAGAUGAAGUUUCUGUAGUGUUCCUGCCUUGCGCUCAUCAAGUUAUCUGUGCAAGCUGCAAUGAAAAUUAUGGUAAGAAGGGGAAAGCUAUCUGUCCCUGCUGCAGGGUCCCAAUUGAGCAGAGAGUUCGGGUAUUUGGUGCAUCGUCAUAGUUAGUAGAUGUGAGGCUUGCAUUUGAUGCCUUUUUGCAUGGAGAGCUAUAUUUCGCAAGUUGCUUAAUUAUACUAUACUGGUCUGAACAAUUGGUUUUUCUGGGUAAAUCGACUUGCUGUAUGAAUCAGCAUCAUACAGUUUGUAUGUAAAUAAGUUGCAAAAUAUGGCGGAGUCCUUUGUGCUGUUUUUGCACAAGCAUUGGAAUAGUUACUGAAAACAUAAUACCUUUUUCUCACUUGUUUUUCCUGUUCUAACUCAGGGGCACCAACCUCUUAUGCCAAGUAAGGGUAUGAAGCCCCUGUUCAUGGUGACAUGAUCAAUGAACAAUAGCAGAUGAUGAUGCCCAACAGGACACUAUGGGUCCCGCUUAGUGGCCACAAACUUUUUAUAGUUGGG